AUGUUGCCGUUUUUGGUGUUCUCGUUGCUGGUCACAGCCACACUCGCCUCCUACGGCGCAAACUUGAAUUACCGGUCACCGUCUCUCCAUCACCCCGGCCUGGCGAUUUCUGUGCGCAAGGUUGUUAAACGCCAGGAUCCUAGAGCGGGGUUUGUACCCUCACAGCUCAACUUCACUCACGGAGUUGCCUCUGGCGACCCGUACCCCAACAGUGUGAUACUCUGGACAAGAUGCUCUCCUACCUUUGAUGAUGUCAAGGACAACGGCACCACUUCAGGCUUCGUACCCCUGUACAACCCGGUGCCAAUCUACAACGAUACUGACGAGGGCAAACCACCCUCCAAGGCGCCGGUCUGCCUGACUUGGAAGAUUGCGUCUGACCCGGGCCUGUCGUCUGUGGUAGACUCGGGGAAGGUGUACACCAGCUCGGAUGUCGACUACACGGUCAAGGUCGAGGCCAGCAAACUCAAAGCCUACACACAGUAUUGGUAUCAAUUCACCAUCUGCAACUCCAACAAGUCCAGCUUGGUCGGCAGCACCAAGACCACGCCUGCGCCAGACGACAAUGUCAGCGCCAUCAACCUGGCAGUCUACUCGUGCGGCAACUUUCCCUUUGGCUUCUUCAAUGCCUAUGGAAAUCCCGUUCGAAAGAGUUCGGUCGACUAUGUGCUGCAUCUCGGUGACUAUAUCUAUGAGUAUGCCAACGGAGAAUAUGGCUGGGGUCAAUCCAUCGGGCGUGUCCCCUUGCCAGACAGGCAAAUCUUCACUCUCUACGACUACCGCAAGAGACACGCCACCUAUCGAACGGACCAGGAUUUGAUUCUCAGCCACCAACGAUAUCCUUGGAUUCCCGUGUGGGACGACCACGAGGUCGGCGACAACACUUAUCGAGAUGGAUCUUCGUGGCUUAACAACACGGAAGCCUCGUUCGUAGAGGACGGGGGCGUGUCAGUUGACCAACGAAAGAUGAACGCCGUCCGGGCGUAUUUUGAAUGGAUUCCCAUCCGGCAAGUCGAGAUGGGUGACGAUCUCCGCGUCUGGCGGUCCUUCUCGUUCGGCAGUUUGCUGGACAUCAUCAUGCUCGACACCCGGCAAUACGACCGGUCCAUUACGGAUCUAUACUGGAACACAGACUACAUCCACGCCAUCUCCAACGAUGCGGGCCGGUCCAUGAUGGGGUCUCGUCAAGAGAACUGGUUCUACCAGUCGCUGAUCGACUCGAAGAACCGAGGGGCGACAUGGCGUGUGAUCGGGUCGCAAACGGUCUUCAGCCGAAUCAACGCGUCUUUGUCAUUCGGCAACGUCAACCCCUUCGAUUACGACGCUUGGGACGGGUACCAAGCCAACCGCAACCGGACGUACCAGACGCUGUACGGCAACAACAUCACCAACAACAUCAUGAUCUCUGGGGACAGCCACGCCAACUGGGUGUCGGACCUGGUUUGGCUGGACCAGCACCCCUACGACCCAGCGACCGGAGAGGGAUCGAUCGGGGUCGAGUUCGGCGGGACCGCCGUGUCAUCUCCGUCGCCGGGCGGCCAGAACAUCUCCCUCGCCACGAGCGUCGCGGGCAGCCAGUGGCUAGUCAGCGCCAACCGGGAGCUGCAGUGGAGUGAGCUGUAUUAUCGCGGAUACUUUGAGCUGUACAUCACGCAGCAGGCAGUGCACGCGGCCUACUUUGGCAUGCCGACCAUCGUGAACCGCAACCCCGGCGAGAUUUCCCUGGCCAACUUCACCGUGUUGAAGGACGAAAACCGACUGCACCGGUUUAAUGGCACGGUAGUUGAAACCCCUGUCGAGAAUGGCUGGGUCAAGUUCGGAAAGGUCCAGCAGACGAAUAUCACCAAUUCGACGGAUACGGGAUUGUACUAUAUCAGCCAUGACGAUGUGGAGGAUAUUUGA